AUCUGCUUCGACAAACUGCUGGUAAGUUGUGAACUUGAACCCAAACACGGCCUUAUAUCUGCAAACCCUAGUGAUCAACUUGACAAACAGCAGGAAACAAUACAACCACCUCUCUCUCCUCACCCCAUCCAAAACCCUAGAACAUAAUCUCUCUCUCUCUCUCUCUCUCUCUCUCGCUGCAGAUUGUGACCGAAUAAAUACCCUCGUCCGUCUCUUUUCUCUCUCAUAAUCAUAAAUAAAGCACAAGGAAAAAUGGCGGAAGUGAUGGCAAUGGAGACCGCCUCUCGCCUUGGAAUCGACCUUUCUAACGUUGAUUGGGACUCGAUACACCUCCCUCCCGGUGAAGACUGCGGCAUCUUAAGUGAUGAUGAGGAUCUCAACGAGGGCGAUCUCCUCGAAUUCGACGGGGGAUUCAGUAACAUAGUCGUCGUGGAUAACAUACCAAUUGUCCCGACAGAGAAAUUUGAGAAGUUGGAAGGAGUGGUUAGGAAAAUCUCCAGUCAGAUGGGAGUGAUAAAGGAAGAAGGACUUUGGAUCCCCAUUGAUCCUGCCUCCCAGAAAACCCUAGGUUGUUGCUUUAUCGAAUUUAACACUCCUCAGGAAGCUGAACUUGCUAAGGAGAAGCUACAUAACUACAAGUUGGACAGAGCACAUAUAUGGGCUGUGAACAUGUUUGAUGACAUUGAGAAGUUCAUGAAUGUUCCAGAUGAAUGGGCCCCGCCUGAAACCAAGCCAUAUGUUCCUGGAGAAAAUCUGCAGCACUGGCUGACUGAUGAGAAGGCUAGAGAUCAGUUUGUUAUUCGUUCUGGUUCAGACACUGAAGUUUUGUGGAAUGAUGCGAGACAUUUGAAGCCUGAUCCUGUCUACAAACGCCAAUUUUGGACGGAAAGUUUUGUGCAAUGGUCCCCUCUAGGAACUUACUUGGCUACAGUUCAUAGACAGGGAGCUGCUGUUUGGGGCGGUGCUAGCUUCAACCGGCUUAUGCGUUAUUCUCAUCCCCAGGUAAAGUUAAUAGAUUUCUCUCCUGGUGAGAGAUUUUUGGUGACUUACAGCAGCCAUGAACCAAGCAAUCCUCGUGAUACUCAUAGGGUGGUUUUAAAUAUCUUCGAUGUGAGAACCGGAAAAGUGAUGAGAGAUUUCAAGGGAAGUGCAGAUGAGUUUGCAGUUGGAGGUGCAGUAAGCGGCGUUUCCUGGCCUGUUUUCAGAUGGGGUGGCGGAAAAGAGGAUAAGUAUUUUGCCCGAAUUGGUAAAAGUGUCAUCUCUGUCUAUGAAACAGAUACCUUUACUCUUAUUGACAAGAAAUCCAUAAAGGUUGAAAACGUUAUGGACAUUAGUUGGUCGCCUACUGAUCCCAUUCUUGCACUCUUUGUUCCUGAACUUGGAGGAGGAAACCAACCUGCAAGGGUGAGUCUUAUUCAAAUCCCUGGCAAAGAGGAGUUGAGGCAGAAGAAUCUUUUCAGUGUUAGUGAUUGCAAAAUGUAUUGGCAAAGCAAUGGAGAGUACCUUGCUGUGAAGGUUGACCGGUAUACAAAAACUAAGAAGAGCACAUACACCGGCUUUGAGCUUUUCCGCAUCAAGGAACGGGACAUACCCAUUGAGGUUUUGGAGCUAGAGAACAAAAAUGACAAGAUUAUUGCAUUUGCUUGGGAACCAAAGGGCCACAGAUUCGCUGUCAUUCACGGUGACAGCCCUAAGCCUGACAUUAGUUUCUACUCCAUGCGUAGCACUCAUAAUUCUGGCCGGGUUUCAAAGCUGACAACUCUUAAGGGAAAGCAGGCUAAUGCUCUGUAUUGGUCGCCAGCUGGACGUUUCAUCUUACUGGCAGGGUUGAAGGGCUUCAAUGGACAGUUGGAGUUCUACAAUGUCGAUGAGCUUGAAACCAUGGCAACAUCUGAGCAUUUUAUGGCAACGGAUAUUGAAUGGGAUCCAACUGGAAGGUAUGUUGCAACUUCAGUUACUUCGGUUCACGAGAUGGAAAAUGGUUUCAACAUCUGGUCUUUUAAUGGCAAGCUUCUAUAUCGCAUACUAAAGGAUCACUUCUUUCAAUUCCUGUGGCGUCCAAGGCCACCAUCCUUCUUGAGCCCAGAGAAGGAGGAGGAGAUUGCCAAGAACCUGAAGAAGUACAGCAAGAAGUAUGAAGCAGAGGACCAAGAUGUGUCGCUGCUGUUGAGCGAGCAGGACCGUGAGAAGAGGAAGAUGUUGAAGGAAGAAUGGGAGAGAUGGGUUUUGGAGUGGAAGCGAUUCCACGAAGAAGAGAAAUCAGACAGGCAGUGGCUUAGGGACGGAGAAGCCAGUGACGAAGAAGAGGAAUAUGAGGCAAAGGAAGUCGAGGUUGAAGAGUUUCUUGAUGUUUCGGAGGAGGUUCUAUUCGACUUUGGGCAGGAGUGAGUUGAUAGACGAAACACUCCCUAACAUAGUUUGCAGAGCAACACUCUCCAGCUUACAUUUUUGUUUAAAACAUGAAAUAUUGUCUUGAGGAAUUUUGUUCAUUCACCGAGAUCAUGAAUAUGUGGUGUUUGUUAUCUGGUGUGUUGUAAUGCUUUACUGGAGCAACUUUCUAAGUUUCUAGAUCCUGGAUUGUUGGAUAUGUUAUUCUUAGUUAAAUUGUUAUAUUUAGCUGGUUAAACCCAA